AUGGUUGCGAACGCUGGUGACGCAGGUUCAAGCGCCGAGAUGGAAGCCUCCGCUGGCGUGGACGCUCGUCGCGCGCGGCGAGCGGGCGGCGCGGAGGCCGAACGGGGCCGCGUGGGACGCCUGCGCGGCGGCGCCAUCGCGCGCGCCCUCGAGGGCGACGAGCGGGAGGAAGGCAGCUUCCGCAGCUGCCGGGGCGCGUGCGCCAGCAGCCACGAGGCCAUGGACGCCGCGGACGAGCUGAGCGAGAUCAGCCGCAAGAACGCCGCCGCCCGGCGCAGCGCCGGCGGCGGCGGCAGCAGCAGCCGGCGCAAGAGCGGCGAGGCCGCGCGCGACGGCAGCGCGGGCAGGAGGAAACGCGAGAGCACGGCCGCCGCCUCCGCGGACGACGACGACAGGCCCAGCGACGCCGACGAGCAGCGCAGGAGGAGCCACAGGCGCAGCCAACAGCGGAGGAGCAAGGAGGCCGCUGAGGAGGACGCGGGCGCUGGCGGCGGAGGAGGGAAGGGUGGCGUGGAGGACGUGCGCGGAAGGACGGGGCGACGAGAGUGGGCGUGGAAGGAGGAAAGCGGGGGGCAGCGGAGGGGGACUGAGGAAGCGCGGGAGACGGCGGCAGCAAGACCACCGGCGCAGCAGCGGCAGCCGCACGGGAGCGGCUGCGGUGCAAGAGCCUCCGACGCCGCAGCGCGCAGCGGGAGCGGCGCGGAGCGGUCGGCGGCGCGGCGCUGGUCAUCGCGCGCGCACUCGCGCCCGCUGGAGGCCGGGCGGCCCGUGCGCGUCGCGCGCUUCGACGACGACCACCGCCUCGAGCUGCGCGAGGACGUGCUGGCGCGCGUGCUGCUGCGCGAGGACGUGCGCGACCGCCCCGUCGUCCUCGUCGCCGUCGUCGGCUCCUACCGCAAAGGCGAGACGCGUUAUGCGAGGACACCGUCGCUUUUCUCGAACAAUGCUACUCGCUCCUUUGGGCACUGCCGGCGUGUGCUGAGCGUCGCGGGUGGGCGGGUGUGCUGCGCAGGCAAGUCGUUCCUGCUGAGCUACAUGCUGCGCUACCUUCGCGCGUGGGAGAGCGCCGGCGCCGGCUCGGGCUCGAGUUCGCGUGCGGGCGCGGGCGUGGAGUGGCUGGGCGACGCGGAGCAGCCGCUGGCCGAGGGCUUUGAGUGGCGCGGGGGCGCCGAGCUGGCCACCACGGGCCUCGUGCUGUGGUCGCGCCCGUUCCUGCGCGCCGCGCCCGGAGGGGAGCAGGUCGCCGUACUGCUGCUCGACACGCAAGGUGCGACACGGCCGCCUUCGCCCUCGCUCGGUUGCCAGUCGGUGGGCUUACGGUGUCGUGGGCACGCUGGUCGGGAAAGAGAGCCCGUUUCUCAGCGCCUGAUUGCUUCAGCGGGUAGUUCAUGGAUGGCGUGGGCUUGCGAUGUCGUGGGCACGCUGCUCGGGAAAGAGAGCCCGCAUCUGGGCACCUGA